AUGGGAAAUCGAUUUGGUGGUAGAUUGGGAGCAUUUAGAGGUAGCUUGUUUGGAGGAAGAGACCCUUUUGAUGAUCCUUUUUUUGAUGAUCCUUUCUUCUCUCGACCAUUUGAGGAUUUGCUUGAACCAAACACCUUUUCUUCAAGUGCUUCCUUUAGUAGUAAUUCACAAGAGAAUAAUCGUGGAAAAGGGUUAACAAUUGAAGAAAUACCAUCUGAUGUAGAAGUCGAAGAAGAAAAGAAAGAUAUCGAAAGUGACGAAGAAAAUGCUCGUUUAGCGAAUCAACCAUCUGUUGAGCACCCUGAAGAUGAUUCCGAUGCGGAGAGGAAGAUUCGGAAUGUGAAUCAAAGGAGUGAUUUCAAUAAAAGAGAGAGUACGCGGUCUCGAGCAAACACGUUUAGACAUCACACCUCUAAGGUUACAUAUGGUGGUAUAGAUGGUGCUUACUAUACAUCAAGUAGGACUAGAAGAGCAGGAAGUGAUGGAAUUGUAGUUGAGGAAAGCAAAGAAGCCGAUAAAACUACGGGUGAAGCUACUCAUAGAAUCUCUAGAGGAAUCAAUGAUAAGGGUCAUUCGGUUACAAGGAAGCUUAACUCGAGUGGUGGCGUAGAGUCGACACAGACACUUCACAACCUCGAUGAAGACGAACUAAGUGGCUUUGAAGAAGCAUGGAAAGGAAAUUCAUUUUUUGACAAGCGUGAAGGCUCUGAUCAUAGCUUUGGAGGGUUUGGAGGGUGGCUUCUUCCUUCUUGGGACCAGACUCGUCGUCGAACAGACCAAACCCGAACCGGUCCGAGCUCCUCUGCUACUGGAGCUAAGAAUGUUGUUCGCAUCAACAUUGAAUAA